AAGUCGUGGUGUCCUACUGUCCUUCCGCGUUCUCCUCUGGCAGGUGGGAGACUCAGGUUCUUGCCCUGCCAUUCGGACUCACCAGGUUGAUUUUAAACAAAACCCCAAGGACAUAGGAAUCGUUUACCGCGAAGCCCUGGGACAUCCCCUCGAGUGUUUGUCCUCUAGGAGGGUGGAGUCUCGCUAAGCCCUGGGCGUUGGGGGGACCAGCAGAGAGAGAGCCCGGAACAAAUCCUUCGCGGAACCAUUAAAGCGAGGCCUCCGGGGCAUUUUGAGAGACGGACCGUGGCGGGCAGGGAUGGCGGCGGAGGCGGCGGAUGCGAGGCUGGGGACGGCGGUCCCCGUGGAGUUGCGGCGGGAGCGGAACAUGGUGUGCGUGGAGUACCCGGGCGUGGUGCGCGACGUGACUAAGAUGGUGUCGACUCUGGGCGGCGAGGAAGGAGUCUCCCGCAUCUACGCAGACCCCUCUAAGAGGCUAGAGCUGUACUUCCGGCCCAAGGACCCUUAUUGCCACCCCGUGUGUGCCAACCGCUUCAGUACCAGCAGCUUGCUGCUCCGGAUCAAGAAGAAGACGAGGCGGCGGCAGGGGGUGCUAGGCACUGAGGCCCACCCCGAGGUCACGUUUGGCGUGGAGAUUCUGGGCAUCAUCUCCACCGUUUAUAAGUUUCAGGGGAUGUCUGAUUUCCAGUACUUGGCCAUGCACACAGAAGCCGGUGGCAAGCACACAUCGAUGUAUGACAAGGUACUCAUGCUGCGACCUGAGAAGGAGGGCUUCUUCCACCAGGAGCUGCCACUCUACAUCCCUCCACCCAUCUUCUCCCGGCUAGACACCCCAGUGGACUACUACUACCGCCCAGAGACACAACAUCGGGAAGGCUACAACAAUCCCCCCAUCUCAGGAGAGAAUCUUAUUGGCUUGAGCAGGGCCCGGCGCCCCCACAAUGCUAUCUUUGUCAACUUUGAGGAGGAUGAGGUACCCUCGAAACCUCUAGAAGCUGCAGUGCACACGUGGAAGAGAGUCUGCACCAACCCCAUGGACCGGAAGGUGGAGGAGGAGCUGAGGAAGCUGUUUGACAUCCGUCCUGUCUGGUCCCGGAAUGCCGUCAAGGCCAACAUCAGCGUCCACCCUGACAAGCUCAAGGUCUUGCUUCCCUACUUGGCCUAUUACAUGAUCACAGGGCCCUGGCGAAGCCUAUGGAUUCGAUUUGGGUAUGACCCCCGAAAAAACCCAGAGGCCAAGAUUUACCAAGUCCUUGAUUUCCGAAUCCGUUGUGGACUGAAAUACGGUUAUGCCCCCAAUGAGUUGCCUGUCAAAGCAAAGCGCAGCACCUACAACUACAGCCUCCCCAUCACCAUCAAAAAGACUACCAGCCAGCUCGUCACCAUGCAUGACCUGAAACAGGGUCUGGGCCCAUCCGGGACAGCUGGAGCUCAGAAAUUGGCCCCCAGCAAGUACAAGCUCAAGGACACUGUCUACAUCUUCCGGGAGGGGGGCCUGCCACCCUAUCGACAGAUGUUCUACCAGCUGUGCGAUUUGAACGUGGAAGAGUUGCAGAAGAUCAUUCACCGCAAUGAUGGGGCAGAGACUGUGUGCACAGAACGGGAUGGAUGGUGCCUCCCCAAGACCAGCGAUGACCUGAGGGAUGCCAUGUCCCUCAUGACCCUACAGACCAUUCGCUCCAACAGGCCUGCUCUUUUCUCUAGCCCAACCAAGGCUGAUGGUGGGAAAGAGCCGCUAACAUACGAGUCUGGGGAAGAUGAGGAAGAUGAAGAAGAGGAGGAGGAAGAGGACUUCAAGCCGUCGGACGGCAGUGAGAAUGAGAUGGAGACAGAGAUUUUGGAUUAUGUGUGACAGGGCCUUGGGACAGAGGCCAGGCCUCCCUGACCAGGCCAGACAGGUGACCAGCCUAAUGAGGAAGCCAUGGCUCUCCUCUGCCACCACAGAAGCCACAGUGACCUAGGAGGCCCUCUGAGGAGAGCUGGGGUCUCAGCAAAGGGUACCUCUGACCCGGCCCUGGCCAUGACCCUCUACCCCGUGCUGCCUUCCCAUCCUGGGGACAUCACUGAAGUUGUGCCCUGGCUCUGUGCACAGGUGAACCAACCCAGUAUCCAGUGGCUGAGCCAGAGAUCAGCUUGGGUGGGGGGGUGGGUUUGGGGCAGGGCCGGUUUCAGGUUGUGUCUCCUGAUGCUGGUGGCAGAGAUGGUUUGAGGAACCUGGUCUGUGGUCACAGUGGCCAAAGACAAUCUUUGUCUUCAGAUCUCAUCUAUUUGGGGUCUCUUUGGCAAAGGCCAUGCCCCACUGGAACUAUCCUUAUUAAAUCAGUGUUCCUGAGGCCUCUUGGUUUCUCAUUGGGAGCGUUCAAGCCACAGGGAAUGUCCCCCCACAAGGUUGGGCUCCUUAAUGCCUUCAUUUGCUCCUUGAUGCAAGCAGUGGUCUCUUGCUGGCCCAUGCCCCCCACCUCCAGUAGGGCAGGGUGAGGGCAGUCCGAAGUACCUCAGGCCUAGACUCGGUUUUUCUUUGAAUGGAUACAUUUUCUGCAGGUUCUGGGGAAGCCCUGCUAUCUCACAGCCUUGGGUUUCACACCCACAGAGGCUGCUGGAGCCCAGCCUGUCUCCUCGCACACCCUCGGGGCAGCACUGCUUUUUGGGGGUCACCCCAUCACUCAGUGUGACCCCAGGUCCUUUCAGCAGCUUGGCAGACAUCAAUCCUCAAACCAACUGUCUCGGGCAAGCCUUGGCUUGCUGACCGGCUCCUGGGCAGUCCCCUCCCCAAACAAAAUUGGAAAACCCAGUGGCCCAGUCAGCCUGAAGUGGCCAGUCCAGGCUACUGAGGACCCACAUUGCCCUUGGCUGCUGUGUCCUUGAGUCUAUGGCCAAACACUCACCCCAGCCCUGUGUGCAGUUUGAUUUUUUUUUAAAGACUAGUCAAAUGCAAUAGAAGAAAGGGACAGUGGGACAAGAGGUCUGCUCUGUAGCUGAUUGAACAUUCAGUGGAGGGAACUCGCUGCCUUGGGACCAGCCAUGUCAUUCAUUUGUUGGGCAGGUCAUUUGUCCGAUGGAACGUUCCCACUCCAGAUUGGCUGGCUGCCUCCACAUUGGUGGUGGUGAAUGUGCUUCUGUCUCCCCUACAUUUACUGUGACCUGGAGGAGGCUCUGUCAGAUUCAGGUUCAAGGCCUCUUCCUAGGCGGUAUAUCCGGUCGGGAGGCACAGGAUGUCUGCUGUGUCCCUUCGGUCUAAAACUUUGACACUUCUAGCCUUUGUGGAAGGCCAUGCCCUGCACUUAUCCAGUGCUAGCUGCCGCUAAUAAUUACCCCUACUGCUUCCUUAGGGGUCGCAAAAUGCUGGUUGUUAGAAUUCUGCUGUUCCUUCUGCAUUUGUUAGCUGGAAUUCUAUAAAGGACUCUUCCUCAUCAUCUGUUUGGUGACCCUGAAAUAUCAUUCGGACAGGAAAGGUGGGGAAAUGCCUAUUUCUCCCUUUAUCUGUUUCCAGAAUAAUGAGUUGGUGCCCUUUUAAGUGGGUUGGGGCCCUGGGUGGUGAACUCUCAGAUCUGUACCUCUCUGUCACAGGUUUUGUGGUGCCCAACUUGUCCAUCUUUGGCCAGACAGCAGCCUCGUGUCAGCUCCUACAGUCCUUUGACACCACCCUUGGGCUUUUGGUGCCUUGAGUUAUGGCCGCCAGGAUGGCCCAGUCUCUUGCUCUCCCCAGGCAAGAUCCCUGACUCCUCCUUUCUAGCUGUGAAAAUAGCAUGUGGGGACCCCAGUCUGGGUGGGUUUUCUUUACUGCCAGGGCUUUUUUUUUUUUGGUUUUUGGCCAGGGCUGGGUUUGAACUCGCCACCUCCAGCAUAUGGGACUGGCGCUUUACUCCUUGAGCCACAGGUGCCGCCCACUGCUAGGGCUUUUGAAUAGAGCUAGGAAAUAUGUACUCUUCUACAAAGAGAAAAAUAAACUAAAAAUUCAUACAGAUGUUUUCCAAUUAAAGUGUAAGAGUAUAGGAUUUUAUUUCUCCGAUUUUCCACUUGUUUUCUUUUUUCACCUAUGCUGAAAAUCUCUGUUCCUGACAGCACCAGUAUCACUGCUUAUUUUCUUUUUCUUAUACAUUCAUAUACUAGUUUUAAAAAUGAAAGGUAUUGUAAUAAAUCAUAACUAUUUAAAUAAAGCAUGUGAAUUUAAAUAAAUUAUAAAUUAUAUAAUGUAAUGUAUGCUAAAAUCAUCAGACGGUACUAAGGACAGAUUGCCUUGCUCUUUCUUCUGAGGUAGAUUUGCUGCAGUUACACCACUGU